AUGCCAGGUGACUACACCCAUCUCUCAGAGCUGAGGAUUGUGCUGCUGGGAUACAGAGUAGCUGGGAAGACUUCAUCAGGAAACACCAUCCUGGGCAGAGAGGAGUUUGACCUGAGGACAGCUGUUCAGUGUGUGAAGAGACAGCGAGAAGUAGCAGGGAGGCAUGUCACUGUGGUCGACACUCCAGGCUGGUGGGCUAAUCACCCCUUACAGAAAACUCAUGAGCUGCUUAAACAGGAGAUUGUACUCAGUGUGUCUCUGUGUCCCCCAGGACCCCAUACUUUCCUCCUUGUCAUAGAUGUGGAUGACUCAUUCACUGAGGAAUACAGAAGAGCAGUAGAGGAACACCUGGAGCUUCUCAGUGAGACAGUCUGGAGUCACACUAUAGUGCUGUUCACCCAUGGGGACUGUCUAGGAGACACAACCAUUGAUCAGCACAUUGAGAGACAAGGGAAGGCCCUCCAGUGGCUUGUUGAGAAAUGUGGAAACAGGUAUCAUGUCUUCAACAAUAAAAACAGGGGUGACGGCACGCAGAUCACAGAGCUGCUGAAUAACAUAGAGGAGACGGUGGCAGGAAACAGAGGAGGACAUUAUGAGAUAAAUGGAGAGAUACUACUGGAGAUAAAAGAGAAAAGGAAAGCAGAGGAAGAGAGAGCAAAACAGAGACUGAUGAAGGUUCAGGAACAGAGAAAGACCCUCAGAUCGCUAAUGGGUGAGAUUAUUUAA